AUGUCCCGCAAUCAACUUUUCUUAUGGGAUAAAAUGGGGUCGCUUUGUGACUAUCUACCGGAAGAUCAAAGAGAGCUCGCUCGUGCCUUUCAAACUCAAGCCUCCCGACUAUCUAAGCUCCAGAUCAACUCUACCCGCCACCAAACAGACUGUUACUCUAAAUUGAUGACUGGCUCCAUCGCUCUGAGAUGCCACGCUUGGCUUCGCUCCACCACCCUCACUCCCGAGACACGCUUUCAUACUGAAGAUCUCCCCUUUGAUGCCGAGGGACUUUUCAAUUCUGAAACCGAUGAGCAGUUAGACACCGUUCAAAAGGCAAGGAACACCGCAAAGAAAAUGGGCUUAGCCCUCAACAACAACAACACCAGUCCCAAAGAUCACGAUGUUGGUUUCAACCACAACAACAAUACCCUCAACGGUACCCCUUCGAUAGGCUCCAAAAACCUCAACCAUCUCAACAAAUCCAAAGGAAGACAACUAACCCAUCACCAAAAUUCCGACCACAAAGAAAACCCGAUACUUUCUCUAAACGUCGUCUUUGACGCCAUACUCCCUCAGUCUCACAAUUUUCAAGACUGUCUUGCCUCUUAUUUCCACGCAUGGGAACGCAUCACUUUGGAUUCAUGGGUCUUAAACAUCAUCCUCACAGGAUACCGUAUCGAAUUCGAAACACUGCCUCCCCUUGGUAUCGUAAAACGUACCACUCCAUCAAAAAUACUAUUGCAAGAAACCCUUGCCCUCCUACACAAAGGUGCAAUCGAAGAAGUCCCCACCAACCACCACACAGACGGUUUUUUCUCCUGGUACUUCACAGUACCCAAGAGAGACGGGGGCCUCCGACCCAUCUUGGACUUAAGAGGCAUCAACCAUUUCAUUCGGCCCAAGAAAUUCAAAAUGACUACCUUACAGUCAAUCCUCCAACUACUAAGAAGACACGCGUGGUUUGCGGUAAUCGACCUCAAAGGUGCGUAUUUUCACAUCGCCAUCAACAAAUCUUACCGCUGCUUCCUACGCUUCGCCAUAGGAGACAACGUCUUCCAAUUCCAAGUUCUCCCCUUCGGUCUCUCUACAGCCCCAAGGGUUUUUACCAAAUGCACUACGACGUUGAUGUCAGAUCUUGCAGUGACUCCUCCUUCGGCAGAGCAGUCCUUUCAGCAGACUUGCAGUGACACCGACCCACCACCGGAACUUGAAGCAGCUCUUUACAGUGAUGAUGUGGAGUUCAUCAGUGAUCUGAUUGCCUGUCUUCUUCAGGGUUGUUACCAGCGCAGUGACAUAACAUCUCAGACAUUUCAUGGCUAUCUUGAAGAUAUCAUCAACUAUCGCUGGGAACUGGAGGAAGGGAAGCCCAAUCCCUUACGAGAAUCUACUUUCCAGGAUCUGCCCCUGCGCACCCGUGUGGAAAUACUGCACCGUCUUUGUGAUUACCGACUUGAUGCUGAUGAUGUCUUUGAUCUGCUCAAGGGUUUGGAUGCAGAUAGCCUCCGGGUGGAACCAUUGGGUGAGGAUAGCAGUGGUGCCCUCUACUGGUAUUUCUAUGGCACUCGGCUGUACAAAGAGGAACCCAUGAAACCAAAUGGAGAGUUGUCUUUGGACAGGGCAUGUGGGACACAGACAAACACUCCAAAUGUUCCUGGGAAAAUAGUAAAAAGACGAGGGCGACCUCCAAAACGGAAAAAAUUGCUGGAGGAGACUCUCUUGAGAGAGAAGGCAGAAGAAAAUGCACUUGUGCAUGAGUCACAGUUGAGAAAUGGUUCUCAAGGACCGGGUCAUGGAGCAUGGUGGCUGCUGUGUCAGACAGAAGAGGAGUGGAGGCAGGUCACGGAGAGCUUCCGCGAAAGAACAUCUUUAAGGGAGAGACAGCUCUACAAGCUUCUGAGUGAAGACUUCCUCCCAGAGAUUUGCAACAUGAUUGCUCAAAAGGAAAAACGUUUACAUCGGAUGGAGUUUUCUUCCAGGUGGAUGUCAGAUCGUCAGGACAUCAAGCCAAUCCAUCAAGAGGUGACUCCAAUGGUGCUCAGCAGAAUGGAGAAGCAGAGGCGACGAGAAGAGGAGGAGGAGCGUCAGAUCCUUCUGGCAGUUCAGAAGAAGGAGCAGGAACAAAUGCUAAAGGAAGAGAGGAAACGAGAAAUGGAGGAGAAAGUCAAGGCAGUGGAAGAACGAGCCAAGAGAAGGAAGCUCCGAGAGGAGCGGGCCUGGCUGCUGGCCCAAGGGAAGGAGCUUCCCCCUGAGCUUUCUCACUUGGAUCCCAGCUCACCUGCUAGGGACGAAAGGAAGACCAAGGAUCUCUUUGAACUGGAUGAUGAAUUCACUGCCAUGUACAAAGUUCUAGAUGUGGUGAAAGCUCACAAGGAUUCCUGGCCAUUUCUGGAGCCAGUUGAUGAAUCCUAUGCCCCCAAUUACUACCAGAUUAUUAAGGCUCCCAUGGAUAUCUCCAGCAUGGAGAAGAAGCUAAAUGGAGGCCAAUACUAUACCAAGGAGGAAUUUGUGGGUGACAUGAAGACCAUGUUCAGGAACUGCCUUAAAUACAAUGGAGAAAAUAGUGAAUACACUAAAAUGGCUUAUAACUUAGAGAGAUGUUUCCACCGGGCAAUGAUGAAGCACUUCCCUGGAGAAGAUGGAGACACAGAUGAUGAGUUCUGGAUCAGAGAGGAUGGGAAGCGGGAAAAAAGAAAUCGGCGGACUAUACGUUCUAAUGCAGGAAAUGUUUGGACCCGAUCCAAAGACUCUGAAGGACCUGGCAGAAAGCAACCACAUGUGCAAAAUGGAGGAAAACUUCCACCUCACAAGGCAAAACAUCGAGUUCCCACUUCUUCCUCAUCUUCUUUCUCCUUCUCUGUAGAGGAUCCAAGUAGCAGCUCAAUUCAGCCCCCUGGAGAGGUGGCCUCUUCCAAUGGGCGAGGCUUUCUGCACUCACACCACUACAGUGGAGUGCCCAACCGUGUAUCUCAUCCUGGGCAGAUGAGGCCAGAAAUGCCAGGAACUUUUAGCUCUCUACAUGGGGCCGAUCCAGCAAAACCAUAUGGAUCACCACGGGUACCAGAACCACACCCUGGUGAGCCAGGUCAGCAGCAACAGCACUUUGCCAUGCAGCCUUCAGUUGGAUUAAAUGAUCCCAGAGGACAUCGCCUUCCUGCUCCAGAGAAGCAGGUGUGUGCAGGACCAAUGCAUGUCUCCACAAUAGGACCUCAGCCUGGGUCCCUGCAGCUUGGUCGGAUGAGUGGCCCUCCCUCAGAUGCCAGUAUGUAUUCCCCUGCACAAUUCCAGCAAGGAUUCCUUUCUCCAAGACACAAUGGACCCCCUAUGAGACAACCAGAGACCUCAGAGCUUCCCCUCGGCCACAUGUACAGACCCUAUAAGUACCUAAACCGUGCACAUCCUGCUGUGUGGAAUGGAAGCCAUGAUGCUGCGAAUCAGAUUGCCCUGGGAGUAGACAAGAAACCUCCAAUGGGCCCAUGCCCCCCUAUGCCACCGCAUGCUUUGAGCCACAUGAUGGAACCUCGGGUGCUGAGACCACCUUUGCCACCCAGUCAGUGGACUGAGCAAUCCAAUUUCCUACCUCAUGGAGCUCCACCCUCAGGAUAUAUUCGACAACCAGGCAAAGGCCCUGGUCAGAGAAUGCAGCAGCAGCUACCAGCCUCAUUAUUUGGGCCUCCUCCUCAAAUGCAGAGAGUAGCCCAGGGUGGGGAUUCCAUGAUGGACAGUCCAGAGAUGAUUGCCAUGCAGCAGCUGUCCUCCCGGGUAUGCCCACCUGGUGUGCCUUAUCACCCACGACAGCCUCCUCCCCCACACUUACCUGGACCAUUCCCACAACUGGCCCACGUGGCAUCUACGAACAUUCAGCCUCCAAAACCAGUUUUAGGGAAUGGGAACUCUCAGGACACCAGUCAGACAAUUGAGCUGGAGAACAACCGAGCAGAGCCUCCAUCAGGAAUGGAACAAAAAACCCAGUGCAUUGGCCUCCCAGAAGGGACAUACCCCAAGCUGCUACCUCAUUCCAAGCCCCCCCUGCAAAUGGAUUGCUCAAGGCAGAACUUGACACAAGAAGGAGAGGAAGAUGAUCCUGGAAAUAAAAAUGAUCCAAAAGCAACACAGAGCAAGAGCACAUGGCCAGUGGAGAGUAACUAUAGAAGUCCAGUGGCCCAGGGGUGUGUGAGGGACAUUGUAACAGCAGCAGAGAGAAGAUCUGUGGCUGAAAAUGGUGCUGUAGGUGAAGGGCCAUCCAGUGGAACAGAAGGAAAAGCAGUGGCUGCUAAUAUAAUGGAGAAGCCCCGCUGUACUGGGGGGAAAAAUCUAUUGGAAACAACUGUGCCUUGCAUGGGACAGAGCACCAGUUCUUCUGCUGGUGUGGAUGGCAGUCCAGUGGGAGGCACCUCUGGCCAGUUUGCCCCUCUCUACAUGACCAACUUGGAAUAUCCAAAUUCAGCCACACGAUACCACAUUAAUCCAGGAUUACAGGGAUUCAGUCCUAUGAUGGGUGGGAAGCCCCCUCCAGUGUCCCACUCUCAGCAUUUUUCUGCUCGGGGCUUUCAGCCCAAUAACCCCCAUGGUGUUUUCCCUCGCUACCGUCCCCACCAGGGAGUGCCAUAUCCUUACCAGCCUCAGCCUGCCCCUUCUUAUCACCACUACCAGCAGCCUCCUUACUAUACUUGUCCACAGGGUUAUUCAGACUGGCAGAGGCCUUUCCCUCCCCAGUCCAGUCCCACCGGGCAUCCACCUGCCCAGUCACCUCUGACCAGGCCUCCUUUCUCAGACAGAGGGACCAUGGGCAGUGGCAUACAGGGCUGUGAGGUGCUUAGCGCUGCUCUGGCUUCUCCAAACCGAAUGGACAUGGCAAGCACCAAAGAGGUUCCAAGCAGUGGGCAAGACCUACCACCGGAGGCUGAGAAACCAGAUGAGUCCCAAGAAAGACCUGAGAGUCCCAAAGAGUUUCUUGAUUUGGACAACCAUAAUGCAGCCACCAAGAGGCAGAGAUCAGUUGCAGCAGGAGAGUAUCUGUAUGGCUCUCCCCCACCACCCAUGAGUUCUUCUGGGCUUGGAUUUAGCCCAUCUGCUUUCCCUCCACAUGGUGUCAUGCUGCAGGCAGGGUCACCUUAUGCAUCACGACAUCCAGCCAGUCACUUCCAGCCCAGGGCUUAUGGGUCACCAGUGAAUGCUCACUUGUCGCAUCAUCCAGCCAGUAAUCAAGCCAACGGGCUUGCUCAUGAGGGACCUCUCUACCGCUGCCAAGAAGAGAAUGUGGGACACUUUCAGGCCUUAAUGAUGGAACAGACAGGACGUGGAGGUGGAAUGGGGGGAAUAUCCCCGGAUAUGUAUAGAACAGCAGGAAUGCACAUGCACCAGCCACAGGCCCCAUUCCCAAAGGUGCCUACAGCAACACCAGCCCGGGAAGAGCUGCCACCACAGAAACCACCAGCAUUGCCUCUGGAUCAAGUAAUCUAAGAUUAUAGAAGGAUUCGAAGAAGAUGAGAGCCACAUGUGACUGGAUAAGGACAAAGGGAAACAUGCUGUCUAUCCUCAUCUUCUUUCCCAGCUGCAUUUGGCUUCCAAGGUCUGGUGGAUUACAGUGCCUUGGUGGCUUUCUGUUAACAAGGAAUUGUCCUGAAUCUGAGCCAACCCUAGGGCUGUCACAAUGACACAGAAGGAGUGUCUCAAACUUGUGACUUGUUUCUGACCAGAGACUUUGGUUUCAUUCAGGGUUUAAAGGGGCUCUGUUUGAGGGACUUGAAAGUUUCAUGAACUGCUAAAACUCAGGUAUAUUUUUCAGGGUGAAAGAUAGGAGACUAUGGGAAAUACUUGUAUUAAUAUGUGUGUUUGGAACGGAAUCCAGUUUACAUUUUUUUUAACCUGUUGCCUUUUUUUAAAAAAAAAUAUUUCUGUUGCUGAAUGUAUUGUACAUUAUUAGGCUGGGAAUGGUAGGCCCAAAAUGUUGUGGGCACAGCACUGGGAUGAUCAUAAACUGUUUACAAUCAUGUCACGCUGAAAUCCUUCAAGGGAGAGUGGAUGCGGGGAAUAGUGAAACUUUUUGAGAUUUCUUUUUGAAUCAACAUCAACUGUAAGUGGUCUGGAACUGAGUCACAGGGAUUUUUUUUGCAGAAAUCACAGUGUUCCCCUCUCCUAACCAUGGAUUGCAUGCACUGCCAGUUCCUGCCUCUAACAAGGAACAAGGAAAACAGAAACUGAAACUUCCAGGAAAUUCAAAAUUUUGUGUGGGAUUGUAGCAGCCUUUUCUUAACCAUUUCCUGACAGGGAAUCACUAGUAUGUCAGUAAGCAUCAAAAGCUUAGUCCCUAAUAAGCUGGGAUAGAAAAGAUUCUUACA